AUGCCGGAGGAGACGACCACCAUAGACUACGUGAUGGAGGCAGCGUCCGGGCCUCACUUCUCGGGGCUCCGACUUGACGGCCUCCUCUCAUCUCCACCUUCUGCAUCGUCUUCCUCUCCUGCUUCCGCUGCUUCAAACCGAGCCGACCCCAACGCCACCAAGCAGCCCUUCGUCAUUGGUGUUUCGGGAGGUACGGCUUCGGGUAAGACCACGGUUUGCGACAUGAUCAUCCAACAGCUUCACGAUCAUCGGGUCGUCCUUGUCAAUCAGGAUUCAUUUUACCGUGGUUUGACACCUGAGGAAUCUGAACGGGUGCAUGAGUAUAAUUUUGAUCAUCCUGAUGCUUUCGACACCGAGCAACUUUUAGAGUGCGUUCAAAAGCUAAAAUGUGGCCAAUCUGUCCAAGUUCCGAUUUAUGAUUUUAAGAUCCAUCGACGAAGUUCUGAUACUUUCCGGCAGGUGAAUGCUUCCGAUGUAAUAAUUUUGGAGGGAAUUCUGGUAUUCCAUGAUCAACGUGUCCGAAAUCUGAUGAACAUGAAGAUUUUUGUCGAUACAGAUGCUGAUGUAAGGCUUGCUCGUAGAAUAAGACGAGACACAGUUGAGAGGGGGAGGGACAUAAAUUCUGUUCUUGAAAUGUAUGCCAAGUUUGUCAAGCCUGCUUUUGAUGAUUUUGUUCACCCAUCAAAGAAGUAUGCUGAUGUGAUCAUUCCCCGUGGUGGUGAUAAUCAUGUAGCCAUUGAUUUGAUUGUGCAACAUAUUCAAACAAAGCUUGGUCAGCAUGACCUCUGCAAAAUUUAUCCCAAUAUGUAUGUUAUUCAGUCAACAUUUCAGAUUAGAGGUAUGCAUACACUGAUUCGAGACCGAGAAAUAUCAAAGCAUGACUUUGUAUUUUAUUCAGAUCGGCUAAUUCGUCUGGUUGUGGAGCAUGGCCUUGGCCAUUUGCCAUUCACAGAGAAGCAAGUAGUAACUCCAACAGCAUCAGUAUAUACUGGGGUUGAUUUCUGCAAGAAAUUGUGUGGGGUUUCAAUUGUUCGAAGUGGUGAGAGCAUGGAAAAUGCAUUACGUGCAUGCUGCAAAGGAAUAAAAAUAGGAAAGAUUCUGAUUCACCGUGAUGGAGACAAUGGGAAACAGCUGAUAUACGAGAAGCUUCCCAAGGAUAUUUCAGAACGCCAUGUCCUGCUUCUAGACCCUGUCCUUGCUACAGGUAACUCAGCUAACCAGGCUAUUGAACUACUCAUACAGAAAGGAGUUCCUGAAGCGCAUAUAAUAUUCUUAAACCUUAUCUCUGCCCCUGAAGGAAUCCAUUGUGUUUCCAAACGGUUUCCAUCGUUGAAGAUUGUCACUUCAGAGAUUGAUGUUGCACUGAAUGAAGAAUUCCGUGUGAUACCAGGAAUGGGUGAAUUUGGUGAUCGAUACUUUGGCACUGAUGAUUGA